AAAACGGGAGGGUUUUGGAGAGAAAAACCUCGCCGGAGAAACAGACUAGGCUUCAUUUCUCUCCGCUCCGUCGAUCGAUUUCAGUACCAAUGAAGCUCCUUCAAUCUGUCACCGGUCACAGCCGCUCGCUUGUUCGUCUUCUUGGACAGCGUCGAUCCUUUGCUGUGUCUACUGAAGAGUACAGUAAAAGGAAUUACGCCGACAACGUCUCCGAGUACAACACUGUAAUUGGCUCCAUCACUGCUCAGAGAAGGUAUUUCUUGUUGAAGGAUGUGUAUGAUGAUAUGAUGUUGGAUGGAGUGCAGCCUACAAUGGACGUUUUCCAUUCGCUGAUUACUGGAUCCAUGAAAGGCGCUCGUUUCCAAGAUGCAUUUUUCUUCAGAGAUGAAAUGAAGGCCAUGGGGUUGAUUCCUGAUGUUACUCUGUAUAACAUGCUGAUCUCAUUAUGUGGUAAAUGCAACAACUCUGAAGAGGCUGUCCGGAUCUUAGAUGAGAUGAGGAGAUAUGAAGUGAAGCCACAUUCACAGACAUACAUCUGCCUACUUAAUGCCUGUGCAGUUGCUGGUAGAUUGGAUCGCGUGUAUACAAUUGUCAGAGAUAUGACUGCUGCUGGCCUUGGCUUAAACAAGUACUGCUAUACUGGACUUAUAGCUGCACAUAUGAACAAGAAACCUGUGGCUGAUGAUUUUGCUACUAAAGUUGUUGAAUUUGUUGAACGGUCGAAGGAAUGGUUAUCAGUUGAUGCUUCAAGUGCAACGGCUGAAAAUGUGAUGAUGGGUGUUUCAGAAGAGGAACUGUACAAUAUUCCAACUGCGGAAUAUGUUCAUAGGCGUGGAGGUUUUUUGAACAGACAAUUGACUAUUUAUCAUGUUGCUUUGCAUGCCUGUGCGAAUCUCAAGAAUGUAGAGGUGAUGGAGACCAUACUGGACAUGUUAAAGAAGGAUGGAAAAACUCCCGAUGUUUUCAUAGUGAUACAAGUCAUGAGAUGCUAUCUACAUGCUGGAGAUAUUGAUCGUGGUCUUAAAGCUUUUGAGGAGCACUUGAAUUCUGGGGGUCCUCCAGCAGCAGAACUCUAUGCAACGCUUGUUGAGGGAGCCAUGAUUGGUUAUACGCCAAAGGGAAUGCAAUUGGCUCAAGAAACACUGGUAAAUAUGAAUUCCAGGGGCUUCUUCUUGAACCCCAAAUUAGGGAGUGACCUCCUCCUUGCAGCAGCGGGAGAGAAGACCGGUGGGUAUACGACUGCAAAUUAUAUAUGGGAUCUCUUGCAAGCUCGAAAGAUAACUCCUUCAUUUCCAGCAGUGGAAGCUUAUUACAAUGGAUUGAAGGAACGUGAGAUUCCUGAAGAUGAUCCUAGGCUUUUAUUAGUUUCUCAAACCUACAGCAAUCUUCGGGUUAGAUCUGGUGGCAGAGGACCUGGCCGAUCAUAAUUCAAAUCAAAACAAUGCAGGGCACAGUUGCCAUCGGUUUCUCAUUGCCAGUAUCGAUAUUGGUGAGCUUUUGCAGUGACCUUAUAGCUAACCAUAUUGAGAAAGUUUUGCAGGGACCUUAUAUUGAUGUACCUGUUAUAGAUGGAGAGAGGUUUGCCAAAAAGAUUUCAUGUAUGUUACUGGUUGACAUAGAAUCAUGCUGGGUUAGGACUAUAGCUAGAUUGUCUCUUACAUUUGAAAUUUGCCAAAUCCAAAUUCUUUCAGAAUAAUACCAGCUAUGAUUUCAAUGGAUUCUUCUUUGUCAGUUGAAAUUAUUGUGCAUUAUGAUGUGUUACCCGAUUUUCUUCAAGUGAAAGUGGAGAUUUGAUAGCAAGUUUUGAGGAUU